CUUCUAUUCGCCCAAGAGAUCGAACGAAUAUAUCACUAACUUUGACAAAGAACAGUUCCUCCUCGUCAUCAAUUAAUCAUUGUAGCUCAAUUACAAAAACCUUUUAUCUAAUUGCCAUUUCCAUCCUCUCAAACCAAAUGAUAGCAAAAACUAGCAAGCUAGAAAUGGCAAGUAGAAGAGAUAUUAGAUGCAGCUGGUGCGGUGUGCAGCUACUAGUGCCACCAGAAGCUCAAGCCAUUAGAUGUGCAGUGUGCCAAGCCAUUACCAGGGUUCAAUCCUACGACCCUUUAACUCAAGUCCGCGACUCCAUAAACCAGGCAGCUACCCGGAUCAUCAACAUGGUGUCUAGCACCAUGACUGGUCCGGUGAGUAGCUAUCCCGUGGCACCCGCGGUGGGGACCUGUGGUUAUGGUUAUUAUGUUCAGCCACCAAGGCCAGUAAUCUUGCCUCUUCCUUCACUCCAUGGAAGGAAGCGAGCAGUGCUUUGUGGGGUGAGCUAUAAAGGGAAGAGCUAUAGGAUGAAAGGAAGCAUUAAUGAUGUGAAGUGCAUGAGAUAUUUUCUUGUUGAGAAACUGGGGUUUCCUAGUGACUCCAUACUUAUGCUCACAGAAGAUGAGAUUUGCCCACUCAGGAUCCCAACAAAAGAGAACAUGAGAUUGGCUAUGCGAUGGCUUGUUCAAGGUUGUCAACCAGGAGACUCAUUAGUGUUUCACUUCUCCGGGCAUGGUUCAAAGGUGCCUGAUAAUGACAAGGAUGAGGCUGAUGGUUUUGAUGAAACUUUAUGUCCUCUUGACUAUGAAACUGAGGGAAUGAUAAUUGAUGAUGAAAUCAAUGACACCAUUGUAAGGCCUAUACCUAAAGGGGCUAUGCUUCAUGCCAUUAUUGAUUCCUGUUAUAGUGGAACCAUACUUGAUCUACCAUUUGUGUGCAAGAUGAAUAGGGAAGGAUACUAUAUAUGGGAAGAGCAAAUAUGUUCAUCAGAUACUUACAAAGGCACAAGUGGAGGGUUAGCCCUUUGUUUCAGCGCUUGUAAUGAUAAUCAAACUUCUGUGGAUACUACAGCAUUGUCAGGCAAUGCUUCAACUGGUGCCCUUACUUACAGCUUUAUCCAAGCAGUGGAAAACGAACCUGGAUUAACAUACGGUCGCUUGCUUAAUGCCAUGCGCCAGGCUAUUCGUGGGGCUAAAACUGGUGGAUUACGCCUCAGUGGUCCUAUUGCUGCUCUAAUUAACAGAGCCCUGUUUAAUACAGAGUUAACGCAGGAACCUCAAUUGUCUUCGUCAGAGAAAUUUGAUAUUUAUUCCAAACAAUUUUUACUGUGAUGCUUGCUUGUUUGCAAUGGCUGUUGUAUAAAAGUUAGGUUGCAACUGUUACAGGCUUGAACUCAUACAAGAAUGAGUCUAGCAAUCCUUAAAUUAAAUAUUUGUUGUAAGAUUUGUGCAGAGUCAAUAUACUCAUUAAUUCAAGUAUAUGCAAAGACUUUUUUUUAUUUUUA